AUGAAUUGUUUAAUUGAUCUUUUAGGUGCUGGUGGCCCUAAAGCAACUCCCUUGGAUCCCAUCGACUUGAAGGUUCAAGAAAUGAUUGGGGAGAAGAGUGUAACUAUUGGUGGCAUUUCUCCUGUCGAAGGAACCCUGUUGAGGCUGCAGAAGCUGCGGGCCAACAGGGCACAUGACCAACAGCAGGUGACCCAUCAUCAUCAGCAGCAGCACCAGGAGGACCACCAGCAGCAGCACCACCACCAGGAGGACCACCAGCAGCAGCACCGGGUAGACCACCAGCAGGACCAUCAGCAGUACCCCCACCAGGAGGACGACCAACAGCAUCAGCUCUUGGAGGUGCAUCAGCAGCAGGAGGAGGUGUUGGUGAUCCCUUCACCACAACUAGUGGCUGAUGAUAGUAGCAAUGUUCAAAUAAAUUAUUUGGACCUUGCCGCAGCAAAUGCAAACUCAGUUUACAGAGACGAAAAGCGUAGGCUGAAGCUGCUCAAGGAAAAAGUCAAGAUUGAGUACUGGCAAGAAAGAGCAAAAUACUACAAAAAUAAAAGAACCUAAGACUUUGCAUAAUCUUACUUUUUCUCAUGUGGAAUAAAA